CAAAAUAACAUCUACAGCAGAAUACGUUUACCGGUCGAUGUAGGAGAGCCAAGCAAUUCUGUAACAAUGUUAUACUCGUUUCCUGGAACGGACGGGGGUGCCUCCUGGGUGGUUGUGGCGUCUGUGGUACCAACCGCUCUCUGUCUCAUCAUCUGGAAGCUGUGGAACAUGCAUAAUCAUAGUCUUAGAGACAUGACAUGCAGCCUACCUCUACCACCUGGCAGUAUGGGGCUGCCUCUGCUUGGAGAAAGCCUUCAUUUUGUGGCAAUGGGUGCUAAUUUCUACAGGAAGAGGUUGAAAUCUUACGGUGGAGUCUCAAAAACCAACAUCCUUGGAAAUCCAACCAUUCUCGUCCUUGGAGCGAAGAAUGUCCGCAAGAUAUUAAUGGGAGAGACCUCGCUCGUGGCUUCUUACUGGCCACAAAGUGUUCGAACGCUCAUGGGCGAAGGAACAGUAAGCCACUCCGAGGGCCCUACCCAUAAAACACGAAGGAAGUCUAUCGUCAAGGCUUUCAACCACGCCGCCUUGUCCUCCUACCUUCUAGAAUCUCAGGACAUCUUCCGCUUUUACAUUAACAGAUGGUGCAGACAAGGAACCGUUUUGGGCUUCGAGGAAUGCAAGAAACUGUCCUUAAGGUUUGCCUGUCAUGUACUGAUAGGCUUUCAGAUCAGCGAGAAGGAACUAGGACAACUGAUCGAGUUGUAUGCCGUGUUUUCAGACGGUCUUUUUUCCAUACCUCUGAAAAUUCCUGGAUCGGGAUUCCACAAGGGUAUGGUAGCUCGCGAAAAACUGAUGGAGAAGAUCGGAGAAUUUCUGGAUCGGCGGAAGGAAUGGAGCGGUGCCCCCGACGCCCUCACCUACAUGAUGAAACAGUCGGAAGAGGAGCUGAGCCGGAAGGAGCUGAAGGAGGUGGCCAUGGAGCUGCUUCUAACCGGACAUGUCACCGCUGGCAGCGCAGCCUGCUCCCUCCUCCUUUACUUGGGGAGAAAUAGAGAGGUGCUUGAUAAGGUAGUUGAGGAACUGCGACAACACAACAUGUAUGAUGAUGUAGGAGGGCUCACCCUUGAACAACUUGGCCAGCUGAAAUAUGUAUCUAAUGUUGUGAAGGAAGUUGUUCGAAUUGCACCACCUGUUGGCGGAGGUUUCAGAAAGGCACUCAAAACCUUUGAGCUAGAUGGUUACCAAGUACCCAAGGGAUGGACUGUUGCCUUCAGUAUCCGUGAAGCUCAAGAACAAAGCGACAUUUUCCCAGAUGGAGACAAAUUCGACCCUGACAGGUGGGAUGAUAUGACAAUGGAAAGGGAACACUUCUUUCCUUUUGGUGCUGGGAGAAGAGUGUGUGUUGGGAAAGAACUUGGGAAGCUUAUGCUUAAAAUUUUCGUUGUUGAACUUGCUAUAAACUGUCGAUGGAAUCUCUUGAAUGAGUAUCCAGUUAUUGAAGAAAUGCCUGUUCCUCGACCAGUAGAUGGACUCCCAGCUGUCUUCUCUUCACUACAGAAACUUGGGAUCUGAAAGAGACGUAUUGACUAAGCUGCAAAGAUUCCUUCAAGUAACUCUUACCUCUAUCGUUAAUGAAAGGUGUGGGGUUUAUAUAUAUACUGAACCGCAAAAGAAACGUCACCCAAAGUAACAAUGCAUGAAAAGUUGUCAUUUAAUAUCUGGGUAAUUCUUGUCAAAGUUUCUAGAUUUUAACAUUACCUUGUCCGGAAAAAUGAAAUUUGAUGAUAAAAAAACAAAGCAGAUGACAAUAAAACCGCUUGCUCAAACGGAUCACGGCAACAGCCAUGGUAACCCGAUGCACGUGAGUUCCGUUCAAAUUGAAAAGAACAUGCGUUCCCCCAUUUCUAGCCCUAUAAAAAUCCACCCAGAUCGGAUAACAUUCAUUCGUUAAUAGAAUUGCUACCACAUGCCAAGAUUGACAAGAAAUCAGUGACACCAAACCCUUGGACUUUUGCAAGCUGGACAAAUCGCCCGGCAAAUCGCCAAUGCAUUUCAAGUCCACGUAAGGAACAUAUACGGGCACCAGCAACGGUACCAGACCACCAAUACUACAGAUGACCGACCACGUAGUGGAAGACGAAGGGUCACCAACCGACGUCAGUAUCGUCAGAUUGUGUGACGGCAUUUUCAAGAUCGCUUUGUUACUGCUGCGGAAACUGCUCGACAGACCUUGGGGACACACCAGCGACACAUUCCUGUGGACACUGUGCGUCGAUGAUUGACGAGCUGACACCUCCACUGUCACAAGCCACAACGAGGCCCCAUUCUGACACCACGUCAUGGCCGGGACCGUCUUCAGUGGGCAACACAGCACCAGCAUUGGCGCCACCAUCAGUG